AUGCCAGAAUCAGAAGAUCCCUUUGAAGACAUCUUCAACCUCGAAGAUGGCUUCUAUCGCCAAGGCUACCAGCAGGGCCUCGAGGACGGCGAGCAGGCCGGCCGCAUCGAAGGCCGCCAGUUCGGCAUGAGCAAGGGCUUUGAUAAGUUUCUCGAGAGCGGCCUCCUCGCAGGCAGAGCCACAAUCUGGGCGAACCGUCUACCAGACCAGCGACUGAAGCGCGAAGAGCAAAACAAAGCAGAAGGCAAACCUCUCGACGCCUCUCGCGCGCAGCUCCCGGCGUUACCAGCCAACGCCAGACUGGACAAGAACGUCAAGAUGCUCUAUGCGCUGGUUGAGCCGGAAACACUAUCUACUCAGAAUUCAGACGAGGCAGUACAAGACUUUGAUGACAGAGUCAAGCGAGCACAAGGGAAAAUGAAGGUGGUAGAGCCCAACGCCAGACUGGACAAGAACGUCAAGAUGCUCUAUGCGCUGGUUGAGCCGGAAACACUAUCUACUCAGAAUUCAGACGAGGCAGUACAAGACUUUGAUGACAGAGUCAAGCGAGCACAAGGGAAAAUGAAGGUGGUAGAGCGUAUGGUUGGGCAGCGGUCUUGA